AUGCCCUCAUGGGGAAGACCACCGGGGGCACGACUGGGGAGAGAUAACGGGGGACGCGCGUGGGAGACGACACGGGUGGAGGAGGUGGAUAGCGACGAGGAUGCCUACGGGCGGGAGUUGGUACGGAGCGGGCGAUAUGCACGACAGGAAUAUGGACGGGUGGCGCGUCGGCGUGCGGAGUAUGAGGAUCUGACAGAUGACAAUGACUCAGGGGAGGGAGGAGAUUUCGAUAUGUACGGCCACGGGGAUAGCACCGUGGCCUAUGCGGUUCAAUUGGCGAUGCGGGACAAGGAGGACCAGUUGGUGGAUCACGCGCUGGAGCGAAUCCGUCGUGCGCAAAUGCUGGGACAGAAGAAUGUACGACUCUCGAAGCGUGAGCUAGAUGCCCUGGAACGAAAGCGCCAGCAGGGGGAUGGGGGAGCUCGACGUCCCAAACCACCAACCUCGCGACCAUCCUCACGGCGAAACGGAGUGCCAGAACAACCAGCGGGAUACCCGGCUUUCUCUCCAGAUCCGUCCAGUUGGGCCCGUGGAACAGGUGCAGCCAGUCGGCCUUCUAGCUCAUCUUCAGCUCGCCCACGGACCCCCACGACUCAAUCGCUUCGUCCCCAGCAAUCUGGCUCCCCGCUUCGCCCUACCUACCCAUCGCAUGCUCCAGAUCGCUUUGCAGCCAAUGGCCGCCCGCAGUCCAUGCAAGCGCCAGCCAUGUACCAACGGCCGCUGCCGGACGAUCCGUCCUGGGCUCCGCCGUACUAUGACCCCAUGCAAUUAAACCCGUACGGCGAGCCAGCACCCUACCAACCACAGCUCCCCUCGGAUCUCCGUGUCGGACCUCAAAAUCGCAUGAGCUUCCCUGGCUCUCCAUACCAAGCCUACCAAUCACCCACUCGUCGCCGCACAUCCCAAAGCUCUGUGCAGACCCAGGAAGGCCCAGCUCCCACGGCCGCGGAGUCCGAGGAUUCCGAGGAUACAAGCAGUGACGACUCGGUGCAGAUCGUGAAGGUGGCUAAAGUGGCUAAAGUGGCGGAGCGUCAGGCUCCCGUGCAGAAGCGGACAGUCUCUGGGGGCGGUCGUAGCACCCGCAAGCGCACGAGUCGUUGA